AUGGCUUAUUGGAUAAGUAACAAAUUAAACAAAAUUCGGGAUAACUUGCCCCAUAGACAUCCUAAACUACCAGAUUUUCAUUUAGCAGAUGAAAGCUUGCCCUUCCAGAUUGGAAAAAAAAUUUCGGUUAAAGAGUAUAACGAUUUUCUUGAUCGUAACAAAUCAUCAGGAUAUAAAUUUCACUUUGAUAAAAAAAAUGUCUAUAUUAUUGAAAUUGCAUAUACACCACAUGAAGAUGUUAUAUCAUAUCUUCAAGAUUGUUUUAAAGAACCAAAUAAUAGAUUAAAGCUUGGACCGAUAAUAGUUUCUGGGCAACCUUCACAACCAGGUGGUGUAUUAUCCUCAAAUAUAACUUUAGCAGGAAAUGGAAUAUAUGUCAAGGAGUGGGAAUGUGGAACUAUACAUCAUAAUACUCAUGCACCAACCGGUUGUGGAGUUCCAAAUGUUGAAGACUAUACUGCAGUGGUACCCGAUACUGUUGGCGAAAAUUUUGUUAUUGACUUAUAUGACAUACAACAAAUAGUUCUUAAUCUAAAUUAA